AUGGGCUAUGAUGUUGCAGACUAUCGCUCGAUUCACGCGCCCUACGGCACCGUCGAGGAUGUCCAAGAAUUAAUCGACGAACUCCACUCACACGACAUGCGGAUUCUCAUGGACCUGGUCGUCAAUCACACCAGUGACCAACAUGUUUGGUUCAAAGAGUCCCGCAGUUCCAAGUCAAACCUCAAGCGCGCAUGGUACAUCUGGCGUGAUCCCAAGUAUGAUGCCCAGGGUAAUCGCAAGGAGCCCAACAACUGGAAAUCUAUCUUCGGCGCCGAUCUCAACUGGGAGAAUGCAGAGAUGCGUAAAGCUACUCACGAUGAAAUGUGUUUCUGGCUCGAUAGAGGUGUAGAUGGUUUCCGCAUCGACAGCAUGAAUUUGAUGUCCAAGCACCCGAAUUUGCCAGAUGCGAAGGUCAUAAAUGACGAACCUUACCAAUCCGGCGCGGAAUUCUUUGCCUCUGGUCCCAAGAUGCACGAUUACAUCCGUGAGAUCAGGACUGGGGUCUUUGACAAGUAUGACGUGAUGACGGUUGGCGAGCUUGGCUUCACGAAGGACGAGAAUUCUGUCAGCGAAUACGUCGCCAAUGACCGACAUGAACUGAACAUGGUCUUCACUGGUGAUGUUGUGGACAUGGAUUUUGGACCGAACGCCAAGUAUGAGCGAGAUGACUUCCAUCCUCGGAAGAUCCGCAAGAUCACCAAUCUUUGGCAAACGUUGAUGCCCAAGUUCGACGGGUGGAACACCGUCUACCUCGACAAUCAUGACAGUGGCCGCUCGCUAUCUUGCUACGCAUUCGAUGCUCCCGAACACCGCUCAAAUGCGGCGAAAAUGCUUGCUACAUACUUGACGACUUUGAGUGGCACUCCGUUCAUGCUUGCAGGUCAAGAGAUCGGCAUGGCGAACCUCGGCAAAGACUACGGAGCGGAUGCAUACAUCGACCUAGAGGGCAAAACUACUACAAUGAGGUCUUGA